GUUGCUAUUCCCCUCCGACUUCGCAAGGUGAAGUCAGAGGAUCCAAUCCGGCGCAGACACGGGCUUCUCCCACUCUUCGGCGCUUCCGCUCCUCCGUCGCAGAACUUCCCCGAUGCCGCCGCCGCCUUACCCAGCCUCCGCGGAACCCACCCCUCCCGCAUCCCCAACACAACUACCCCCGUCCCCGCGCCAGAUCGCCGCGCUAGUACUAAACCACCCGUCCUCCACGCUCACCGCCGCGUCGGCGCGCUCCCUCUCGGCGUCCCUCCUCGCUGCCGCGCCCGCGCUGCACCCGAUCACGACCCCCGUAGCCAACUCCGUCCUCAAGCUCCUGUGGCACCACGCCCCUCGCGCCCUGCUCUUCGUCCACGCGCUCCUCCGGCUCCCGGCGCGCGCGCACGCGCUCUCCCCCUGCACUGUCGACCUCGCGCUCGACCUCUCCGCGCGCCUGCGCCACCCGCGCCAGCUCACGAGCUCCGUCCUCGCGCUCUUCCCGCGCCACGGGCUCGCCUUCACGCCGCGCACGUUCCCCAUCCUCUUCGAGCGAUUCGCGGUGUCGCACCGCCGACCCGACCUCGCCGUCCGGCUCUUCCUCUCGCUCCACCGCUCCCACGGCGUCGCGCAGGACCUCCCACUGUUCAACUCCCUCCUCGACGCGCUAGCCAAGUCGCGACACGCCGGCAAGGCUGCCUCUCUCGUCCGCGCCCUCGAGCGACGGUUCACCCCUGACGCGGUCACGUAUAACACCCUCGCCGACGGAUGGUGCCGCGUCAAGGACACCUCCCGCGCGCUCGACAUCCUGCGGCAGAUGGUCGAGUCCGGCAUUUCCCCAACGAAAGCCACCUACAACAUUAUCCUCAAAGGCUUCUUCCGUGCUGGCCAGGUACAGCACGCAUGGGAUUUCUUCCUCCAGAUGAAGAAGAGGGGCAGUAAAGACGAGCACUGUAAGCCUGAUGUCGUGUCGUACACUACCGUCGUGCAUGGGCUGGGCGUUGCCGGGCAGUUGGACAGAGCUCGCAAGGUGUUUGACGAAAUGUCUAAAGAAGGAUGCAUGCCGUCAACGGCCACUUACAAUGCAUUAAUUCAGGUGAUCUGUAAGAAGGGAAAUGUCAAGGAUGCUGUGGCAAUGUUCGACGAUAUGACCAGAAAGGGUUAUGUGCCAGAUGUGGUUACCUACACCGUCUUGAUCCGAGGCCUCUGCCAUGCCGGGAAGAUUGAUCGAGCUUUGAAGCUUUUGGAGAUGAUGAAGAUCAAAGGUUGUGAGCCUGUCGUUCAGACAUACAAUGUUCUCAUAAGGUAUUCAUUCGAGGAAGGGGAGAUAGAGAAGGCCAUGGAUUUGUUCGAGAGAAUGAGCAAGGGGGAGGCGAGCUUGCCCAACCAAGAUACAUAUAAUAUCAUAAUAAGUGCAAUGUUUGUGCGCAAGAGGGUUGAGGACAUGGCAGUGGCUGCGAGGAUGGUGGUGGAGAUGGUGGAUAGAGGUUACUUGCCUAGAAGGUUUAUGUUCAACCGUGUAUUGAACGGAUUAAUGCUGACCGGGAAUCAAGAGCUUUCAAGGGAGCUCCUGAGAAUGCAAGAGAAAUAUACACGCUUGCGACGAGAAAUAAGACUGUGAGUGCCAUUUGAUUUUUCGAGUGGCAUGUGCAUUUGAUGUUUUCUUCGUCUUGCGGUUUGGGCACACAAGAUCAGAAUCGAGGUGCAACCCUUGGAGCACAUAGUCAGUUGAUGUCCUUGCUAUCCCGUGAUUGCUGGAUUGUCUGAUUUGGAACUGGCACUUAGUUUUAAGUAUAUAUUCUGAAACUUAUCCACAAACUUGUUCAAUUGAUUAUGUGUAUCCAAACAGUUUAACUGAUUUUGUAACCUUCCGUUUAGGCAA